CAUUGGAAAGGCUCCUCCUGUACCAGAAGGGCGCGCAUCGCUUCCCUUUACUGUUUUGGUCCUUCUCGAAGGCCGUAGCCCAACCCCUCCCCAAGGAACCGGAUUUUAAGUGCCCGGAUACGGAAGUGCUUUCUCUUUUUUUUCUCAGGCGGUUUAGCUGGCAGCCGUCGCCAGGAUCCGUCGCCAUGCCUCGCAAAAUUGAAGAGAUCAAGGACUUUCUAUUGACAGCUAGGAGGAAAGAUGCAAAAUCUGUCAAGAUCAAGAAGAACAAAGAUAAUGUAAAGUUCAAGGUGCGCUGCAGCCGUUAUUUGUACACAUUGGUGAUCACAGACAAGGAAAAGGCUGAAAAACUGAAGCAGUCUUUGCCACCAGGUUUGGCUGUGAAAGAGCUGAAAUGAACCAGUUGUCCCUGGAAUUUGCCCCGUGGAUUUGUAAUAAAGGAGUGAACUGUUC